UAAGACGCAAGGCCAGCCUAGACGUGCGUUUGUCGACAAGGCAUUCCCCAAUGUUGGCACGCAAAGGCCUAUGAAAUGCCGGCCCCUGUGGGGCUUCAGACGAGAGAGAGUUGUGCGGGGGUCGCAGAGACCACAAUUUGAACACUGAACCCCAGAAGGCGCACGCUACCCCUGGUCGUGGAGGUCGACGAAACUUGGGGGACGUCGAUCGUUCAUAACGCGCGCCGUCCCACGUUGUUGACAGCUGCAUCCUGGAACUGUUCCUCGGAAUCCUUCCAUUGCUUUUCGCUUCAUCCUUCUCUUCUUUUUUCGGAGAUUAUCAUCAGUACUGUGCGGGUACAACCGUCACGAUGGGUUUCCUCGGUAUCGUCGAGGACAAGCACCUCGCUCAUGUGCCGGCAACCGUCGUCCUCAGCGAGGAACAGAGCACUCUCCCUAUUGCAGAAGGAACGGUGGCUGCUGCGACGCUGAAGCGUGGCACCGGUAGAGAUGCAGACGUCAUCUUGAUACCUCAACCCUCCGAAGACCCCAAUGAUCCCUUGAACUGGUCGUACACCAAGAAGAUGACCAUUAUGGUCAUCGUCGCGUAUGGAUCCGUGCUAUACGCUGCUGUUCUGGCUCCUCUUCUGUCGCCCGCACUUGUCGUCAUCGCAGCAGACUUUGGAAAAAGCGUCGGGGAUAUCACAGUCAUCUCGGGAUACAUGCUGCUGGUGACAGGAGGUGUUGGGCCCAUCGUUAGUGCAUUGUCCAGGAAGUACGGGAAGCGCCCUCAGCUUCUGGUAGCGUCGCUCUUUGGUCUGCUUGGGACUGUCAUAGGCAGUGCUGCAUACAGCUAUGAGGGUCUCUUAGCCGGGCGCAUCAUUCAAGGAGGUUCCAUCUCGGCUUUCGAGUCUCUCGUAGUCGCCAUGAUCGGUGAUCUAUUCUUCGUCCACCAGCGCGGCGGGUUCAUGACACUCAUCCAGUUCAUUCUGGGUGCCGCAUCGAACUUCUCUGCCAUCAUUGUCGGACCUAUUGCGACAAAUCUCGGUUGGCGCUAUCUGUUCCACAUGCUCAUCCCUUUCACGGCCCUCGAAGUAGUCUUGCUAUUCUUCUUCGUUCCGGAGACCAACUACAAUCGCGACCAUCGCUACGAUAUCGACGAGCUAUCCAACGACAACCUCGCCGAUCUCGCUGCUAUCGAAAAGAGACAUGCUGGGAACGACGAGAAAGCCGGAAGCGAUGACAUGGUGAAGAUCGAGACAGCAACUAGCUCACCGCCCGCUAUGCGCCCAAAGAAGACCUUUGUACAGGAACUGGCUAUUUUCACCGGGACGUACUCGAACGAUAACCUUCUGCAACUCGUCAUUGCCCCCUUUGCUGUUUGCGCGAACAUGGCCGUGCUGUGGAUGGUCAUACUGACCGGAGGGCUCACCGCUUUCUUUGUUGCGCAAUCAUACGUCAUGGCCCAGAUCUUCAUGGCUCCUCCAUACUUGCUCAGCGCAGCUGGUGUGGGUUACCUCUCGUUGGGCCCAUUCCUUGGUGGUCUUCUGGGAUCCCUUCUCCUCGGUGCGACACUUGAUCCACUUAUCAAGUGGUGCGCGAAGAAGAAUAAGGGUGUGUACGAGCCGGAGUAUCGCCUACUCGGUAUGAUUCCAUCUGUAACAAUCGUCAUUGGCUUGUGCCUCUUCGGUUUUCUCGCAGAGGAAGGCAAAUCAUACUAUCUUACAGCUUUCUUCCACGGUAUGGACCUUUUCGGCAUUGUCAUAGCUGCCAUCGCCGCGUCUUCGUACGUCUUGGACUCCUUCCGCGACAUCAGCUCAGAAGUCUUCAUCAUGAACAUGGUGUUCAAGAACUUUUUGUUUUAUGCCUUCUCAUACUUUGUCAAUGACUGGGCAGCCAGCGACGGGCCAGCAGUUGUAUUUUAUACCUUUGCAGGUCUAGCUGGAGCCAUGAUUAUCACGACCCCUGUAUUCUUCUUCUGGGGAAAGAAGUACCGAAGCUACUGGCACAGGCAUAAUCUGCUGGAGAAGUGGGGCAUUGCGACGCAUGCGGAGAUAUAACUGUAGCGAGUUGUAGAGCUCAAGAGAAGUUCCAUGUUCAUUCUAGUGUCAGCUCUUCGGCAAUCAUCAUAGUGCAUUCCAUAUUCGUCCCACAUCUCGGCUUCGCCGUGCUACGAUGAAUUUCCAAACUCCACCUGGAUAUGCAGAAUCACGUGUCGAAUGUAAGCCUUGGCUUCAGUGUAUCGCAACCAUGGUUCUCAGUAAAAUCUUAUCUCAACAACCAAAGUACACCACAA